GAGGCUGGCUCCACCGCCUGGCUCUGGAAGCACAGCCGCAGGCCCCAGCCUGGCCCCUCCCCUGGGGACUUGGCCAGAGUGUCAGAGCUGGGAGCAUCGUUGCAUCACUGGGUGCUCGGGGGUUAAUGAUGGGGAGUGGACAGGACCCGGGUAUUUAACUAAUCGGGGAGGUGCCUGGAGAUCAGAGGUGCCCCUGCUGGCUUCCGUCUCCAUCUCCUACAGCCCAGCUUCUCUGCCCCCUGCUCCCCUCCCCGCCCCCCAGGAUGAAGCGACCCUCUCUUCUGACCUUCCUAUGCCUCCUGGCGGCCCUGGCCGGCGGGAACCUGGUCCAGUUUGGGGCGAUGACCGAGAGGAUGACGGGGAAGCCCGCGCUGCAGCACGACGACGGCUGCUACUGCGGCGGCGGCGGCUCCCACGCGCCGGUGCGCGAGACAGACGGGUGCUGCCACGCCCACAACUGCUGCUAAGGGCGCCUGGAGAAGCUGGGCUGUGAACCCAAAAUGGAAAGGUACCUCUUCUCCGCCACCAGGCACAGCAUCUUCUGCGCGGGCAGAACCAGCUGCCAGCGACGGACCUGCGAGUGUGACAAGAAGGCCGCACUCUGCUUUCGCCACAACCUGGGCACCUACAACCACAAAUACGCCCAUUACCCCAACAAGCUGUGCGCCGGGCCCACCCCGCCCUGCUAA